CGGCGAGAAGCACCUCUAAUGGCUUUAUCUCCGUCGUCUCCUCCAUGUCUCAGAUCUCUUUCGCCUUCUUUUUCUCGCCAAAUUGGCUUCCUUGUUCCACGCGUACAGUCUCUAGUCUUUGGUAGCGUCCGGAAGCAUGAGUUGCGGAGGCCGAGCGCACUCAGGGAAUGGCGGGAGUACGAAGAUGCUGUGAAGAGAAAAGAUCUCGCCGGGGCUCUUAGAUUCCUCAAAUCUAUUGAAAAUGAUGAACAGCGUGAUUCGGUUGAAUCUAUUGUCACGGCUAAGUUAAGCGGCUUGGGAGCUCUUGAAUUGGAGAGGGAUUGGCAAGUUUUAGAUGCGUGUUUGAAUGCAGAUGAUAUGAGACUUGUUGGAAGUGCGUUUAGGUUUCUUAAGGAGAGAGGUCUUUUGGCCAACUUCGGCAAAUUCACCAGUAUUGUUUUGGAAGGAACAAGAGAGGUAACACCUACUGUCCUGAAGUCUGCAACUGGCUUGGAAGUGACUAAACUUUCACCGAAGAAGUGGGGACUUUCUGGUGGUUCUAGCAUUGCUCUGGCUGCUUUGCUGGGUGGAGUCUCCUAUCUUCUUUCACAGGAGAUUGAUGUGCGGCCAAACCUUGCUGUCAUUUUGGGUCUAGCUUAUUUGGAUUCCGUUUUUCUUGGUGGUACCUGCUUAGCCCAAGUAUCAUGCUACUGGCCUCCACAUAAGCGUAGAAUCGUAGUUCACGAAGCUGGUCAUCUUCUUGUUGCAUACCUCAUGGGCUGCCCAAUCCGUGGUGUGAUAUUGGAUCCGGUUGUUGCCAUGCAAAUGGGGGUUCAAGGCCAGGCUGGAACCCAAUUCUGGGAUCAAAAGAUGGAGAGUGAGAUUGCUGAGGGACGACUUAGCGGUAGCUCAUUUGAUAGGUAUAGCAUGGUACUAUUUGCUGGUAUUGCAGCUGAAGCGCUAGUUUAUGGUGAGGCUGAGGGUGGAGAGAAUGAUGAAAAUCUGUUCAGGAGCAUCUCAGUCCUUCUGGAACCACCGUUAUCCGUAGCUCAGAUGUCGAAUCAAGCCAGGUGGUCUGUUCUACAAUCUUACAAUCUACUCAAGUGGCACAAGGCAGCACAUAGGGCCGCUGUUGAAGCUCUCCAAGUGGGAAGUCCUCUUAGCAUUGUGAUUAGAAGGAUUGAGGAAGCCAUGUCUUCAAGCAAAUGAUUGAAGCACCAGCAUUUUCUGUAAUUUAUUACUAAUACGGACAGCCCAUAAAAAAAAAACUCAUUUGGAAUGCAUGGAGACCGAAGCAGAUAAGCUCUCGGUAUCUCGGUAUAUAAACCACCUGACUGCAACUGGAAUGGCGAGAAGGGACUUGUAUCUUUGGAUCCAUGUUCAAGUAAGUUAAGGUUUUAUCCACUAAGGGAGAUGUGGAGGAUGACAAGGUUUAAACUUUAAAGGAAUAGGAGCCAAGCUUUUAAUAGCAUAAAGAAAAUGGUUGUAAAGUAGCAAUCACAUGAAAGCUGUAUAGUUGAAUUCCUGUGAAGUAAAGUUUUGGGCAUUACUAGUAGUGAUUUUCUUUCUAUCAUUCUUGUUAUUAUUUAAUGCACAUGAGAACAGAAACUGCAUUGCCAUAGAUAUAGACUGGGGAUAUACUAACAUGUCAUUACAGAACACAAUAGAAAUGGUUCCCAGCAGAGCAGAGCUACCUUACUACGAUACAACCAAACAAACGAAAGGGGAAAAGUUUUAAGACUCAUCAGGGUGUUGCUCCUGGGGCCAGUGUUGCAUCAUCCCCUGUUGUUGCAAGUAAUAGUAUGGCGGGGAACCCACCACCGAUGGUAUGGUCCCUUUGGUCACGCCUAAACCUUCUUCUUUCAGCUCGUCCCUCGGGAUUAUGUCCACAAGGAAAUCAAACACGUCGGUCCUGGAAAUGGCAGCGGCGAUGUCGUUCUUCUGCAAGGUCCUCCUCUUGUUCUCCUCGGUGUGGAUCCAAGCACGUAGAGUGAGCUCCAAAAUGAACAUCUCACAGGCCUUGGCAAAAAUCACAGGAGCCUCCGCAGAGAUCAUCCUCACAUCUUCAUCAGCUUUCAUGAUCUUCUUGAUGCGGGCUAGGGGAAGGGUGUGGUUCUUGAAAUCAGUGGUAUGCUCGAUCUCUUGCAUUUGGUUAGCCCAGAACAUCUGAAGCUGCUGCUGUUGUUGCUGCUGAUGGUGGUGGUGGAAGUGGUGAGCUUGUUGGAAUGCCAUAUGGGAAGCUGCAUUUACUGGCCCACUCUGAUAAGCAUGAGGAGGUACAUAAUCCAUCACUCCCUGUUGCUGUUGCUGUUGACCCUCUUCUGACUGCUCCAUUGCUAAGCUAUCUCUGUUAAUAUAAAAUUGUAGAUUGACAGUUAAUCCAAAGUUAAGGGAUUUAGAACCAAAGUCUAAAAAAAAUCAGAAAAAAAGAAGCGCAUGCAUGCUCGAAUUAAGCUCAGAUAUGCUGGUUUCAAAUCCGGAUUUGGGAGUCACGACCCAAGCAGAGCACGAUUCACAACAUGGACCAAAGAUGAUAACUUUUGAUCCUUUACUACGGUUUUGUCAAAGCUAAAGGAUCAAAGAAGUGAAGAAAACGAAAUUGGAGAGAGAAGUUUCCAAUAGAAACAGAAAAUGGAAGAAGAAACACAGACAUACCAGUGAGAGUGAGAUCUCGCGAAACCCUAAGAUAAAUGGGUUUGGGGCGGGUUAGCUUUUUAUCAAGCGUUUCUGGUGGUGCGUAUCUUCCGCCUAGUUGACACGUGUCGAAAAAGCGGGAGUUUUUACGUUACUUCCACCUGUAUGCUUUUCAUUGGUUAUGUUGUGUUAUUCCAGAAAUUUCUUUAUCGGACGGUUUCGAAGAAUAACGAAGAACACGUGAAGUGCGCGUGAACAAAAGUCACGUGACAUUUGCAACGUCGCGCAAACUUAUUUUCGAAGAAGCCCAUUGGACCUUGUGGGCUGUAAAU